UGCGCAGCUGAGCUGUGAGAGGGGGCGUGCCGACCAAACUAACUCUGCUUUUUGCGCUUUAUCAUGGCCAAAAGCUUGCCGAAACAAUAGGAGUGUUGUUUUUUUUCGGUGAAAGUAGUUUAGGUUUUUUUUAGGGAGAGAAGAAGAGUUUUUUGUGUUGUUUAGGGCAAUUUCCGCGCUUUCGGAUGAACUGCACCAGAGUUUUGCACAUCUUGAACCCUAGACCGAUGCCAUCUCCGAUCAUGCCUGUGGAUGUGGCCAUGAGAAUCUGUCUGGCACACUCUCCGCCCCUUCGCAGCUUCCUUGGUUCCUACGAGCACUACAAGUCCCGAAACUUGGUCAAGCCUUUCAAACCACUGAGAUCAUGCAUCAGCUCGAAGACUAAAGUGGAGGCCACCAACCGAGGAUGGAAAAGUCCUAAAGGCAAAGCCAAGAAGAGAGUGGUUUUUGCUGACUCCAAAGGCAUGUCGCUAACGGCAAUCCACGUCUUUAAGGACUUUGAGGAAGACCCAGUGUUACCGUCAGACUUGCAGUUUGAAAUGUCAGACUUGGAAAAUGCCAUUGUUGGCCUGAAAGUAGAGAAAGAGCAGAGUUUCGUUUUGGACUUCGCCCAGCCUGCAGCAGACUACCUGGACUUUCGGAACCGUCUCAAGAAGAACCUGGUGUGUUUGGAGAACUGCGUAAUUCAGGACAAAUCCCUCAUGGGCACGCUAAAAGUUAGCAAUGUAAGUUUUGAGAAGUCUGUUUAUGUCCGGAUUACGUUUGAUUCAUGGAAAAGCCACACGGACGUUCCUUGUGUGUAUAUGAACAAUGUUUAUGGGUGUGCAGACAUUGACACCUUCUCCUUUACCAUUGAUCUGCCAAGUUCAGUGUUGCAUGAAGAUCGGGUGGAAUUCUGCAUCUCCUACCAAGCUAAUGAUGAGACACACUGGGAUAAUAACGACGGGAAGAACUACAGGUUGACGCAUACAGAUGAUGAUAGCAGGCAGACCAAACAAGCCACUCAGAAAACAGUGUAUGAAAACGGAGGCACUAGCAAAAGGCCUGAGAUGGAGUUUGAUCAGUUCGGAAGUCCAAGGACCUCUACUGGUUUCUUUCCAGAAUGGCAAAGUUGGGGGCGAAUUGAAAACAACUCCCCCUACUGGUGAGGGUACAUGGUGAUGUAAAAUGGUUUCAAAAAACAUGUUAAAUCACUUCUAGGAGGAGGUGCAAAAAGUGAAGUCAAGACGCUGUCUCAGAAUUGAUAGACGUAGUGAGAUUACUUGUACUAGUAAAUAUAUUUAAAAAGUCAACAUUAAAAUGACGAAAAAUGAAAUGCUGAAGCCCAUUACAAUGACUAUACUGGCUGUAUUCCUCAUUCAUAUAAUCUGUCGAGUGUUCAAGAUUUUGUCAGAUUUUGAAGUGAGUUGAUCUUUAGUCAUUUUGAGUCAAAUACUAAUUAUUUUAACACUAUUCAAUAAAGUCGAUUAAAUUAUUAUAAUUUUUUUUCCUCUGUGCACUAAAGCAAUUCCAAAGUUGGAAGUGCUCUACCACAACACGUUUCUUGAAAAGAAAUCCUCUUUUUCUGCCAGCCAAAUCCCAAAAUUGGCAUUUUGGGGAUCUUUUUCAAGAACAAGUUGCACAUCAGAAUUUUUACGAUCGUGCAGUACUUUUCUGAUGAAUUUAAUUUUGUACAGCAGGAGUUAUUCUGUGAACUUGAUUUGUGUGCAACACAGAGAGAGAAUCCAUUUUUCCCUGUGGUGACUCAAACACCAUGCAUUCAAUCGAUGAGAAACAUUUCCUCCAUUUGGAGUGUAGCUGUUUUUAUGGAUAUGCUUCCAUAAAAACAAGAAUAGGGGAAUUUGCACUGUGUAAGAUGCCUUUAAACUAAAUGCGCAAGUGGAAUAAUUUGGUACAGCAUGAAGGUGCUUCAUAUUGAAGUUGAUGUAUUUUGUGGUACCGUUUUAUUGGCCACUUUGCACAGCAGGAGCAAUAAUCUAAAAUGUGUACAUUAUGGGCACCUGUGUAAUAUACUGCUGAUCGUUAAGCAUCAUUAUUAAUGCACCUUUUCCUUCUCCUAUUCUUUGCAUUGCACAUACAAUUGACUUUGUCAUGUCUCCCUUCCAUCCCCCCCCCCGUUUUGCUGCUGUUUUUGAUUAUUCCAGUGUUUCUUUGCAUUGUUUCAUUACUGUUGGCAAUGAAAUAAGGGAUAUCGAAUGUUACUAAAGCGAAUGUUGCAAGCAUUGGUAAGUGAAAUAAUUUCAAUUAUAAAAUUGUGUGGAGAAAUUUGGUCUUUAUGACUUUGUUUUUUGUGUUUCUUGUUUGCUUCUUGUCUUCCAUUAGUGGAGGGGGGAAAAAGACAGGUCAAUGUGAAUGAUUGAAUGCGAAUCAUUUUAAUGCAAAUGGCUCAUGUUUGUUAGCUACAGUUAUGUUUAUUUUAGUGAUGGAAAAAUGUAUGUUUGUAUAAAAGGGCUGGAAACUGGUGUUUUUCUACUGCAAGAAAGGGUGUUUGUCUGACUACUUAUUUAAUUCUGUGUUCCUUUUAGAAAGAAAUUGAAUAAAUGCAAUGUUUCUACCAUGAA